GUAGGCUUGGGAGGGUUGGUUUUUAUUGUUUUGAGAAAAAGUUUCAUAGAUACUCCAGGCUGGCCUUACACUCGCCAUGUAGCCAAGGAUAAGCUUCCACCAAGAGCUGGAGUUACAGGCCUGCACCACCAUGCCCAGCUUAGUUUUAGCUAAUUCAUUGUGACUGGUCACAUGUGCACGGUUAGCUGUGUGAUUAACACGUGUUUUUGGAAGACUGUACAGCUGUUAACAGUGGUUUUGUCUAGUAAAGGUAUGCGAUUGUAUACCUGUUAGCAGACUUUUGCUCAUAUGUGUGUGUGUGAAACUUUACAAUGAGCAAGUGUUUAUAGAGUUUUUUUGUGGUCCAAAGUGAUAGCAUACACCUUCAAACCCAUCACGCAGGAGGCAGAAAAAAGCAAGUAACUAUCUAUGAGUUUGAGGCCAGCCUGGUCUACAGAGUGAGUUCUAGGCCAGCCAGGGCCACAUAGUGAGACCUUGUCUAAAAACUCAUAAUACUUAACAGAAUUUUAUUUUCUGUCAGGGCUAUGAAUGAAACAUAGAAACAUAAAGUGCCAUGCCCUUUAGGCAGGAACUCUGCCACUGAACUAUGUCUCCAGCUCCCCCCUUGUGUAAUUUUCAGGCUACUUUUAAAAAUUGGGGUUGGGCCUGGAGAGAUGGUUCAGUGGUUAAGAACGCUGGCUAUUCUUCCAGAGGACCUGGGUCCAAUUCCAAGAACCCACAGGACAAUUCACAACCACCUGUAACUCCAAUUCCAAUGGCAAACUUACACCCUCUUGUUCCCUCUCUCUGGGCACCAGGCACACAUAUGAUGUACAUACAUACAUACAUGCAUGCAUACAUGCACACACACAAAAUAAAAUUUGAAAAGUUUGUGUCCUGUGGACGUCUGUGACCACCAACAGCAGGUUGCUAGCCUGGGCCUUCCCUGGCAUGCACUGCCAAUGCAGGUGUCCCGUGCACCCUUCCUCUGCUGGAAACGUGGUGGUGGGCACGGAGCACAUUCUCUCUUUAGUGACAAGAUUUACAGGCAGUACUGAAAAUGGUCUCCAUCCCUUCACAGCUGGGAUGAAUGUGCUCCCUGGUGCCCACAUAGGAAGGAAUCCAUGGAGCCGAAAAUACUUCGGUAGAGUUUGGAAGAGGAAGUGUUUUUCCAUUUGCUGAUGAUUUACCAAUGGGGAGAUUUUCAUGGGAUUUCGAGCAGUCAGAUUUACUUUGCACACCAGCGAUCUGCUAAGCACAGUAUUGUAUAUUCUCAACUCCUGCAGUUUGUCUGUUGAGCACGUCCAAAGCUUGAACACUAGUGUGCAUUCCCAGCCUCUCAAGGAAGCUACAGGGAUGCCUGACAGACCCAUCAAAUGGCAUAGGUCCUAUUAUUCCUUUACGGGGUUCAAGGACCCUGACGAAGACCUUGAACAUGUCCCAAAAGUGGGAACAACCUUAACGUCCUGGUUAGGUAUCAAUGGGAAAAAUGCUGUUAAAAAACUGAAGAACAGUUUGCCACUUAGGAAGGAGCUGGAUCGUCUGAAGAAUGAGCUGUCUGAGCUUCUGCAACUUUCAGAUAUCAGGUGGCAGAGGGGCUGGGGAGUUGCUCACCGCUGUAGCCAGCUGCAUAGUCUGAGCCGCCUAGCACAGCAGAAUUUGGAGCCACUUCAGAAUGCAAAAGGGUGCACCAUCGUGUUUACAGACCGCUCUGGCAUGAGCGCACUGGGCCAUGUGAUGCUGGGAACCAUGGAUGUCCACCAUCACUGGACGAGGCUUUUUGAAAGCUUGCCGAGCUAUUUUGACCUUCAGAGGAGAAUGUCAGCCUUAGAGGACCAGAUAAGCAGUCUUCUGGGGGGUAUCCAGGUGGUCUACAUCGAAGAGCUGCAGCCAGCGCUCACCCUUGAUGAGUACUACUGUCUCCUGGAUGUUUUCUGCAGUCAGCUGCUGAGAAGUAGGGUGCCUGCGCCCCCUCACAGCCUCAGGGGCUUGCAGAUGGUCCUCAGCAGCGACAGGUACUCACCAAGCUUGCAUGAACUCGGGCAUUUUAAUGUCCCAGCCCUGUCGGAUCCAGCAAGCCUGCAGUCAUUUAUGAGAGCCAAAGCCCAGCAGGCAAGAGAAAACAUGACAAGAAGGGAGACGUUAAAAGUUAUUGAAAAUGAAUUGAUACAGGCUUCAACAAAGAAGUUCUCUCUGGAGAAGUUAUAUAAAGAGCCCAGCAUUUCUAGCAGACAGAUGGUGGAUUGCUGCAGGAGACUUCUGGAGCAGUCGCUGCCUUACCUCCACGGGAUGCACCUCUGUGUGUCACACUUCUAUUCUGUCAUGCAAGAUGGGGACCUGUGCAUCCCGUGGAACUGGAAGAGAGAAGUUAUGAAGUAGCAGGUAUCUGUCUCCUUCUCUGAGAAGGAGAACUUGAAUUUAUCUAAACUCAGUUUGAGAUACCGUUAGUAUUUACAUGUUAGAACAAAGUUUCUAAUGCUGCUAUAAAAGUGGGGUGGGUUUUCUUUUUAGUGAUUUUAUGCCAAGAAACUUGUUUUGAAAGGUUUACUCUCCCUAGUCUUAUGAUGCUGAUUGUGAUGCUGGAAGGAAAAAAGAAUAUUUAAAGCUAUGUAAUAGAGGGUUCUGUAAGUUAUAUAUUUUUAUAUGAGUGGAUGUAUGUAUAUACAUUGGCCUCAUUCAGUAUAGCACGUUAGGGCUAGCACUCACUUCUUACCUGCAACAUAGUUCAACAUGCAUCUUGAUAGUGACAUUGUUUAGACACUUACACCUUAUAGCCAGUGAUGGGAAGUUGCUCAAAACAGAUGAUUGCCAGUAGCAAAAAUUAAGUAGCCAAAUUUUGCCCAUGAGAAAGAUUUUUAAACCCCACUGAAUACAUGUCAACACUGUCUGAUACUAGUUUACUGGAACAUAAGUGGCAGAGAACUUAACCAUGAUUUCUUCUGCCCGUUAAAAUAUUGGUAGAGCAUGUGCUCGGCAGGCACCAAGAGUAAGAAUCAAUGUGGUAAGUUAGCCCAAAGCUCCUUGAGAGCUUCCGUCAUUCCUCAGAUCUGGCCAGGAAGAGCCUUGUGCUGUGGUUCAUUCUCAGAAGCACAGCCCUGCUUUCUGUGGUCUCUGCUGUCUCCUGCACAGUGGGAGGCCUGUUCUGUACUCAGACCAAGCCCAAGCUUCAUGGCACGUUUCUUCUGAGGAAGUCCAGGUGAGUUUUUCCCACGGUGCAUUAGAACAAAGGAGACACUAAAAAGCAGUUUUUCCUGUUUGGGGUUUAUAACAUAGUACUCUUUAAACAGUGCAAACUAUGGUCAGAUGAGAGCUGGCUCAAGGGUUGUUUCUGCCGGUGCUGCUUUUGACCCAUGCGGCAGAGGUGGCUGUAGAUACUCUGUGAGAAAGAACCCUCAAGCAGGGUGUGCUGGCGCAGGCCUGUGAUCCCGCCACUUGGGAGCCAGAGCCAGGUGGAUCUCUGUGAGUUCCAGGCCAGCCUGGUCUACAAAGUGAGUUCUAGGACAGCCAGGGCUACACAGAGGAAGGGGAGGGGAAAUUUGUAAACAUGCUAGUUUAUUAGAAAUUUGUUUGGAUUGUGCCAUUUCUAACAUCACCUGGCACAGACUCUCCUGUUGUGUGUGUUGAACGGAUUUUUCUCAAAACUAAUAAUAAACAAUACCUUGUCGACCA